UACAAUAAUCGUACUUGAAAAAAAACAAAAGAAGUUAAACAACGUAAACUCACAAUUUUCACAAAGAAAAAUAUAAUUUUAAGCAAAUACAAAAUGGAAACGACUAAAACAGCUGCGCAAAAGCUGGCGGAGCGCAAGGCACGUCUGCUGGAUCUGCACAAAAAACGACAGGAAGCGCGUACAGAUAACCACCAGGAAGUUGUUGCAGAGGACGCACGCAAGAAGCUCCCAAAGAACUGGGAGGCUCGCAAGCGGCAGGCGGAAUGGAUACUUGCCGACGACAAGGCGCGAUCGGAGGCACAAGCAGCUGGCAAAGAUUACGAGCGUCUCAAGCUUCUUGAGGUCUCUGCUGUGGAUGCGGAUCGCAUAGAGAAAAAGAAAAAGCGCAAGGACAAUCCGGAUUUGGGUUUCUCCACUUAUGAAGCACAAACAGCACGACAGUACAACAGAUUGGUGAAGAGCAUGCCUGCUCGUGAUAUGGAAAAGUAUGAGCGGCAAAAGGAGGAGCUCGGCGAUGCCUUUUACGGCGGUGCGCACACAACUUUGCACUCUAGGACGAAGGACACACCCGGCGCUAUUAACAAUAUGGUGCAGGAUCUGGAGCAGCAGAUCGAACGACGCAAGAAGUACUCCCGCAGGCGAAUCUACAACGAUGACGCAGAUGUGGACUUUAUCAACGAGAGGAAUUCCAAGUUCAACAAAAAGCUGGACCGAUUCUACAGCGAGCACACGGCAGAGAUCAAACAGAAUCUGGAACGCGGAACAGCCAUCUAAACUUAGUUAUUUAUUAUAUAUCCUAAGUAUAACCGAUGUGUACCUAAUUUACUUUGCCCACAUACAUUUUUGUAUAUUAAGAGAUUGCUUCACUUCAAAGACCAAUUAGACCAAUUUCGUAACUUGUUUCUCAACAGCUAAACAUUUUUUACUUUCAAUCUUUCAGAAAUUUCUGUUAUUAAAUAUCAAGCAAAUCUUAUUUCAAAA